AUGAACAACUCAUCAUGUCUUCAGCCAUCGCCAGCUACCACUGUAGCUCUCCCUAUCCUCUACUCCUGCCUGUUUCCCGCUGGAAUCUUUGGGAACAUUCUGAGUGCCUGGAUAUUUUUACGUAAAGUGCCCACCAGAAGGACUCAGUACAUUUACCUGGCCAACCUGGUGGCUGCAAAUCUGCUGGUUUGCAGCACCAUGCCCUUCCUGGCUGCCUACUUUGCGGAGGGGCACCGCUGGCCCUACGAGUCGGCGGCGUGCAGGAUUGCCCAGCACCUGGGGACGCUGGUGGUGCACGUCAGCAUGUACGUGACCAUCACCAUCCUGUGCUCCAUUGCCCUCAGCCAGUAUGCCACCCUGAAGAAGAACUGUGGCCCACAACACUCCCAAGCUCUGCCAGGAACCUUCCACGGGCGCCUGCUGCACGAGUUCCGGCAGCCAAAGUUCGCUAAAUAUUUGUGUGCUGUUAUCUGGCUGAUUGUACUCUGCAUUACAGUCACAGCCAUCACCUACAACGCCCAGGAGAGGGUUUCAGGAGAGUUCCCCACGUGCUACAACAUCAAGGUAGAAGCUGGUGAACGUCCUGCAAUGAUUGCAGCUUAUCUUGCCACUGUGGGCUUCUUUCUGGCUUUUAUGACUGUUUUGUGGUCAUACUAUUCGCUUACCAGACAUCUGAGCAGAAUACAAAGAAACACCUGUAUUGGAGAAAAACAUCUCAUUUACAGAACAGUGAAAAGAAACAUUCUUGUCAUCCAGAUGAUAUUAACUGUCUGUUUUCUUCCAUACCAUAUUUUUAGGCCAAUUUUCUAUGUAUUGCUUACAGAUAACAACUGUCCAAGGUUAAAUUAUCUAGUGGAAAUUAAAAAUGUCCUUACUUGUCUUGCUGCUACUAAAAGCAGUUUAGAUCCAGUUAUAACCCUUCUGUUAGAUAAAACAUUUAAGAAAAGUCUUUAUAGCCUGUUUACAAAAUCCACACCAGAACAUCAAAAACAGAAUGAUGAUAUUUUCACUGAAAUGGGAAGGAGUAUGGAAAGAUUUUAAUAGACUAUAAAUAAUAAUAAACUAAUUUUAACUACCUUUAGGCAGGCUUUGAUAUAAAAUUUAAAUUUAAAU